AUGUUUUGACAAUUGUUUUUGAACCCAUUUUAAUUUACAAAAGGUGAAGAGAGAGAGAGAGAGAGAGAGAGAGAGAGAGAGAAAGAAGUCUUCUUUCACAUGGUGAGAACAAGCCCUUGUCAGUGUGAAUUCGCCCAGUACUGUGAUUCUAAAAGAUAGGACUGGUCUAUGUCAAUUAAAAUGGAAACUGCAAAUCAACACUCAGGUCCCUUGUAUGCUGGCUGGGUGAGAGUUAAACCUUGCCAAUCUAAACUUCUCCAGUGAUAUUGUUUCAUAGAGAUAAGAGGACUUGGGACUGGCUCUAUUAGGACCCAAGCCGAGGCUGCCAUUACAAAUGAAAUUUUUGACAUUCAAAGACUUCUAGACAGAGAUUCUGUAGAUACAAAAUAGACUGAUGGAAGGCGACCAUUCAGUACAGAAAUCCUUUCUCCACAUAACCUUAGUAAGAUGCUUUCAGUUCUCUUUAUAUUUCCCAGAAUUCAGACUAGGUUCACUGGUAAAACUGGUGCAUGGCAGUCAAUACUUUGUUUAGCUGUGGUCCAAUUCAUCCAGCUUCCAGCAGCAUUUCCGUGGUGUCUUGAUGCACUAGACUCCGAAUGGGUAUUUUUACCAUCCAAGUGAUUUGCUAACGUGAAUGUCAUGUGAUGGGAAGAGGAAUAAGAUGCAGUUGUGGAUGUGAUAAUUCUAAGACAUAAAAUGAAGUCAAGGAGAAUUGUUCUUUUAUUCGCCUUUUUACUCGUGGAAGUGGUAGAUUUGACGAACGGGCCAUAAGAGUAUUUUGUUUCCUCAAAUUACGUCUUCCUUUGGCUUUACAGAUACAAUUUUUACACUACAGUCUUAAGCCAUUUAAGCAUAAUAUAUAACAUUGAUUCAA